AUGUUGCAGGCGGGAACAAAGAAGUUUCUUAGGGAGUAUGGAAGCACAUGCGCUCCCCUGUUCUUGGCACUUGGCGUAUGCCUUAUAUGCUGCUUACCUGCCGCGUGCCCAAAGGAAAACUUCAUUGAUGAAAAUGCCAUCAGCGUCUCGAGAGUUCCGGUAAUUACUGGGAUGUUGGGUGAGCUCCAUAUGGACACGAGGAUUUCACAAUAUACGCGCGUGGUUCGUGGCCGACGCUCCGUGGGCUCCGAAUCUAUUGCCGUUUACGUUAAUGCUGCCUUUGAAUCCUCCGUUGUGUUGGCUAAUCACCUGAUUUACGUGCUGCGAGAGAAGGAAAACAUGGCAUGCGAUACGAAUUUUUACUUUUUUAAUGACACAAGCAAAGAUUGGCCAAUCCCCGAUUCCUUCGUCCGCGCGGCUAUAGUUAUUAACGUGACGUCGUUUCACACAAAUAACCUUUGUUUUAAUGUGUUUGGUGCCAACGGAAUGCAACCAAAUCAAGAUCUAUUCAACCUCGCAGUAGCGAUAGCGGAGAAGUGGAGGUUUAAUAUUGAUGUUUUAUGCCAAAAUCCGUAUAUUUCAUUUUCCACGAGUCGACCAAUAUACGAACACUACUUCCUUGCUCUGCAGACGGCGUUGGUCGCACCGUUACGCUACCAACCGUGGUAUAAAAUGCGGUCGCGUGGCAUCAGUUUGUUGGCAAUUAGCACCGAAAAGUCCGAACGCAGGACCAAAUCGUCUUACGGUUAUAACAUGGCCGCUGCGCACGAGCAGCUCAUCGCAACUCUUAGUUAUCUGCACGAACGUUUUCAUCACUCAACAUCUGUUUGGAUACCACUAAGUGUUGAUCAGUACGUCGAGUAUGAUGUCAUCCAAUUUGCCACGAUUUUAUUUGUCGCUUCCCUCCUAUCGACGUGUUACUCCAUAUACGAAGUAGAGGGGUUCAGCUUUUCCCCGUGCGCGGCGUUGGUUAGUGCAACCGGCUUGGCUGCCUUGGUUUCAACAUUGAAUUUUGGUACCGCUGGAUUUUUUGUGAGCAGUGGUGUCCUGACGGUUGGGCUUGGUGCAUUUUCAUGGGACAUGUCGUGGGGUGCCAUAAAUGCCGUGGUGUUAUGUCUUCUCAUCAUUCUUCAACCUGUAGCGGGGUUGGUCAUGGGGUUUGGUGCCACUCUGCAGCUUCAGUUUAUCCAUGUAAGGUGCCGCAAGUGGCACGUGUUGCUGAUUGGAGCGAUCCUUUCAUGGAUCGUUUUAGUUGCCUUGACGGAAGUGAUGAAAGCAAAAUUGUUUGACACAGAGACUACAGCUGGCGUAUAUUUCUCGUUUUUUCUAUAUCCCAAUGCCUUAUGGAUUUCCAGCAGGCUGAUUCGGUCGACGUUGGGUGCUUAG